UCUCAAAUAGGAGACACAUAUACUUGUCUAUGCAGCCUAGGAUUUGCAGGUGCCCAAUGUCAAAACCAGAUAAGUCAACCUUGCUACUCUAAUCCCUGUACUAACAACGGAACAUGCAUUCUCAAUGGAAUAAACACGUACGUGUGUUUAUGCUUACCUGGAUAUUCUGGAAGCACAUGUGCAACAAAAAACACGUGUGUUGUAAAUAAUUGUUUGAACGGGGGAACAUGCACAACUGAGUUUACAUGUCAAUGUAAACAAGGAUAUGCUGGAACCGCAUGUGAAAAAAACGACGCCUGCUCAUCUCAGCCAUGUAUAAAUGGGGGUACAUGUACUGCUACAAACAAUGGACAAUAUACAUGCUUUUGUAGAAAUGGAUUUACUGGAUCCACAUGUGCAUCUAUACCUGAUUUAUGUGCUCUAUGUGAAACAAAAAAUCCUUGUUACCCUGUUUCACCGUGUUUAAACAAUGGCGUUUGUAUUGAUACGCUAAAUGGAUUAUCAGGGUACACAUGUCAGUGCGACUCACAGUGGACCGGUCUUAAUUGUAACGUUCCUAAUUCUUGUUUCUCUAAUCCUUGUUUGAACAAUGGUACCUGUCUUAGUUCAGGGAAUAGUACAAAUUAUUUUUACACUUGUAACUGCUUGCCAAGAUUUGCCGGUGUUAAUUGUAAUCUAAUAAAUUAUUGUUUAGUAAAUCCUUGUUUUAACAACGGAACUUGUCGUCUGUCUAAUAAUUUUGUAACUUGCUCAUGCCAGCCUGGUUACUAUGGGUCACUGUGCGAGUCAAAAGAUUCGUGUUUUCCAAUUCCAUGUCUUAAUAAUGGAACUUGUACCAACAACGGCGUGACUGGAAAAUAUACUUGUCUAUGUCCUCCCCAGUGGCUUGGUUCAACGUGCGGCUCUGUAAAUCCAUGUUUCGUUAAUCCAUGUCUUAACAACGGUUCGUGUCUAUUAAUUGAUUCUGCUAAUUCGACUUCUAAUUAUCGUUGCGAAUGUCAGUCUGGUUUUACUGGACCAAAUUGCAAUGUUUUGAAUUUAUGUGCCCCGAAUCCAUGUAAAAAUAGUGGAACUUGUAACUUAAAUGAUGGUUUAGUCACGUGCACUUGUAACCAGGGAUUUUUUGGUACGUUUUGUGAAACUCAAGACCCUUGUCAUCAAAAUAAUCCCUGCUUGAAUAAUGGUAGCUGUAUAUCAUCGAGUACGGUCGGAACCUAUUUAUGUCAAUGCUCUCCACAGUGGAUUGGUACAAAUUGCAGUUUGAUAAAUCCUUGUUUUAUAAAUCCUUGUUUAAAUGGAGGGUCGUGUGUAAAAUCUGAUGGUAUUAAUAACAGUAAUUUUACCUGCAAAUGUACUCAAAAUUACGCUGGAACGUUUUGUGAACUU